GCCCGAUUUCCGGAAGAGCAACUGGUGCAACUUUAAUGGACAAGGAAGAGACGUUUGUUUAGGUUUCGUCUUGGUAACAGAUCUAUUUUUCCUUUGUCCUAUAGUAAAGUUUUUUUUUUCUUACAUUAUAUACUUAAAAAUGCCGUUGUUUUCACAAAACCCAUUUGACCAAGAUGUCGAGAAGGCAACAAAUGAAAACAACACAACAGAUGACUGGGGGCUCAUUUUGGACAUCUGUGACAAAAUUGGAACGACAUCUAAUGGACCAAAGGACAGCUUGAGAUCCAUAAUGAAGAGAGUCAACCACAAAGUGCCUCAUGUUGCUAUGCAGGCCCUCAAUCUGCUUGGUGCUUGUGUCUCCAACUGUGGCAAAAUCUUCCAUUUGGAAAUCUGCUCAAGGGAGUUUUCUGCUGAAGUGCGGAGUGUGUUUAACAAGGCCCACCCUAAGGUCUGUGAAAAGCUGAAGGCAAUGAUGGUGGAGUGGGCAGAAGACUUCCAGAAGGAUCCACAGCUCAGCCUGAUUGGUGCCACCAUCAAGACCCUGAAAGAGGAAGGGGUCAGCUUCCCAGCAGCCUCCUCACAGGGAUCCAGCUCAAAGGUCAGCGCACCGGCUGCAAGCAAGACACCGGAUGAAGAAGACCUGGCCAAAGCCAUUGAGCUGUCCUUACAGGAACAGAAGCAGCAAGCGGAAACACGACCUCUGGUCCUGACCCCCGACCCGCCACACAACACAAACGGGGGAGGAGGUCAGGAGACGCGAAAAGCGCGCGCACUGUACGACUUUGAAGCAGCAGAAGACAACGAGCUCACCUUUAAAAGUGGAGAACUUAUUAUAGUUUUGGAUGACAGUGAUCCAAACUGGUGGAAAGGAGAAAACCACAGAGGAGUUGGGCUUUUCCCCUCAAAUUUUGUCACAACUGACCUGAAUGCUGACCCAGAGCCAGUGGCCAUCAUUGAGAAGUCAGCCACGCCUGAAGAGACAAGUCUGGAAACUAAAGCUGAGCCCGAACCUGUCUACAUAGAUGAGGUGAAGAUGGACAGAACACUGGCGCUCUUACAGAAUGCAGAUCCCGCAGAUGCGACUCCUGACUCCACAGAGCUAAUCCAGCUGGAAGGCGCCUGCGAACAGAUGAAUCCGCUGAUUGAUGAGAAGCUUCAAGAGAUUGACAGGAAUCACUCGGAGUUGUCGGAGUUGAAUCUGAAAGUUAUGGAGGCGUUGGAGCUUUACAAUAAGCUCAUGAACGAAGCUCCUUACUACGCCGCAUACUCCAAGAUGCAGGCACAGUACGGCCCGGCCGCCUCUUCGGUGCCCAUGCAGGGUUACCUUGGACCAGCUGGCGUCCCCUACUUGCCUCCAGGUGUCCCCCAGGUUCCUCUUCCUCAGGGUUACGCUCUGCCCAACGACCAGCCUGGACCACUACACUCAAUGCCCCCAACGGUCACAGCACCCCCCUGCAGCCAGGCCUCUCAGCCUCCCUACAUGAGCACUGGGAUGAACUCUCACUACAUGACCCAGGGUCCAGGAGCUCCUUACUCCGCCCAGGCGGGUGUGGCCAUGGAUAUGUCAGCCUAUCACAACGCUAGCAUGCCUCCUGUGUCUUAUCCUGUCGCUGGUCCCCCUCACCAGGCUCCUGCUCAGCUGCAGCAGCAACAGCAGGCCUCAUAUUAUCCGCAGCCUUUGCUGUAACCCCCGUCUCCCAGCAGACCUUUAGUUACACUAUUCAGAUAUUUCUGUUUCUGUUUGAUCAGCCGAACUCCUGGAUUUUUUUUCCUUCUUCUUUAGGAUCAAUUCUUACCUUUAAUUACUUGUCUAGCUGGACUGACGGCACCCUAUAGAAGCAGAGGUAACCGAAAUGUAACCCAAGUCCCAGUCAGACGUUGGCUGCUGUUUGCGAGGCAACAACCCUUUUGGUUUUCCCUCCUAUUAUGUAUUUAAUAAAUGGAUUAUCAGCAUUUCACAAUUUAUAGUUCAACAAAAUACUACCUUCACACAAUUUUAUUUCCAAUAUUACUCUGAAUGUAAUGCUUUGAGCUGGAUAUGGGUGUUUAGAGAGCUUUGCUGUGGAUGGAUUUGAGUUUAACUUCACACAACCUUAUUAAAAUUGGUUAUGUAGGAAAAAGAAAAAUCAGUGCAGCCCUCCUGUCAGUGUCUUCAGCGAUUAUCCUCUCAGCCUGAUAACAGAUCACACACGGGCAGGAUGAAACCAAUCCUUUCACUUCAGACAACGUGCAAACAGAACACAAGCCUUCACAAGAGCCAGCUAUAUUGGCCGUGUUAGGGGUGGCGGUCAGAGCGAUGUGCGAGAUGCAUGACUGCACGGCGCAGCCGGGAACGUGUCUGGUACAGAAAGGCAGGGAGCCGACUGUGCCGGCGAGGGUAAACAAAGCAGAAAACACCAGAUGUAUGUGGGCAGGGAGGACUGGGCUCUUCCUGAAUGUGCACAAAUAGCCAAGCCUGCAGGAUUAGCUCUCACUGUGGGUAUAUGAUAGAUGAAAGUGAGUUUGGAGCUCAUUUACAGCAGCUCCCUCUAAGAUUUAUUUGCUUAAAUCCCAGCUCUUUAUUCUGUAUUUCUCUGUUCGGUUCGUUACUAAAGAAUCAGCUCUUUACCUCACCAGCAUCCUUUUCAUUUUUUGAUUCUCACAAGUGUUUUGCACGACUGUAAAUGAAUCGCAUACUGCGUUCCCCAAAAACUCACUGCCUUCGUUCUGCAAUUGUGUUUGAGAUAUUUAUGGAAACCGAAUAUUUGUGUGUUUGUUUUCUUUCAGUGCUUGAGGAUUUAGGUGUCAGAACUUCAUUGUGCAUUUAGAGAGGGUUUUUAAAAAGCUUCUGAAAUUAAAGGUUGAACUCCGCAUCUUUGUAGUUCAUUCUUACAAAGUGCUGCAGCCUCUGAAUGUAAUUUCAUCUGUUUGUUUUUUGUUUUUUUUCACUCCAUGAGAGCUGUCUCUUCAAAUUAGCAGAGUUUAAGGUUCUGUUUGCUCAAAUGAACGUAGCUGUUUUCUCAUGAUCAAGUAAGCAGGUGAUUUUAUUUUAAAUAUAUAAAUAUGUGGAUAUAAAUGUGUAACUUGCAUAGUUAAAACUAGUUUCUCUACUUUUGAUUCUUAUGUCUUGGGUAUUUACAAGUGGAACAGUUUUUUUCAGCAGUAGCUUAUGUUUUAAACCUGCUGCUGCUUCUCAGUUAAAAUGAAGGUUGCUUUCAUCAAAUCCUCAACCUGAACGUGGUUUUUGUCUGCGUCGUAUUUCUAAUCAGCACUCUUCUGUUUCUAUGAGUUGUACAAUAAAUGUAAAAUGCCUGGAUUAGUAAUAUUUUUAUGUUGGCAUUGCAGCUUAGCUUUGUAAACAUUUAUUUACCACUGAAUGCCUUGAUUUUUUUUUUCCUCUUAAACUAAAAUAAUGACAAAUGCAUCAGCUUGCAACCUCUUUACAUUUGUAUAAUUCUGUACAUUUGAAAUAUUCCAGGAAAGGUUUCUUUAUCCGGGAUUUUAAAACUGCUUUUGUAAUGGAGCAAACUUAAAAUAAAUAUUCUUUAAAAUAAAACAAGGAUUACCUAAAUCA